CUCUGAAAGAAUCAAGGAGAACAUCAGGCUUGACUUCACCCUCUCGAGUGAAUCCAUGAGCGCUUUAAGCUCAUUAAAGACAAAUCAGAAGUACGCCUGGGAUCCCAGAUCUGUUGUCUAACUGAAAUAAGAUGUCUGAAGAGCUGGCUGAUAAAAUCGCAACCGUCAGCAUUCAGCACUAUCUGUCCCUGCCGGGGAAAUCCGGCAAACCGACAAAUCCCAGUGAAUGGACUUUGAUGUCUUCGAUUGUAUUGGAAACGGGAAACAAAGACCUGAAAGUCGUUUCACUGGGCACCGGCUCCAAAUGCUUGGGAAAAAACGAACUGAGCAAAGACGGUGGCCUUGUCGCUGACAGCCACGCGGAAGUUUUGGCCCGGCGCGCGCUGCUUCUCUAUCUCUACGGCCAAAUUCACCUUUUGCAAAAUCAGCUGGAGUCGGAUGUUUUUUCCAAGGUGGAAAAUGGUAAAGCGUUUCUUAAAUCGGACGUUCGGUUCCACUUCUUUACCAGCCACACUCCUUGCGGUGAUGCAUCAAUCAUUCCAAAAGAUGAGCCGCCGUGCAAAGUGGCCAGAUUGUCUGAACACGCGGACGUUCACCGGACAGGCGCGAAAUGCGUGCCCGGUGCGCGGCAAGACCCAAAACUGGCCGGUUGCGAGUACCACGUAGUGCAGGUGGUGCGCACCAAGCCGGGACGGGGAGACCCGACCGCUAGUCUAAGCUGCAGCGACAAACUGGCCAAGUGGAGCGCCGUCGGGGUGCAAGGAGCGUUGCUGUCUUUGCUGUUAGACCGGCCAGUGUUCCUCGCCUCGAUCGUUCUACCCUCCAACUGUCCAUAUUCGGAAGCCUCCUUGCGCAGGGCUGUAGUUUUCAGACUGCCUGAAAACUGCACCAAUUUCCCAAAGUUUUUCAGGAGCAGUGUCCCCUUCCCGCACUGCAAGUUGCUCGGCGGCAAGCCCUGUCCCACCAGUCUUCUGUGGAGUGACUCGAAACAUUUUUUGGGUGGGAAUAAAUCGUUGGAAGUGGCGGUGGACGGACGCAAACACGGUCUAGGGAAAUCCAAAGCCCUAACGAAAGCUGGGAGAUUGAAGGUGUGCAAAGCCGAGUUGGCGGUGAUGUUCAAAGAGGUGGCCGCGAAAUUGUGUGUCAAAGUGGACGAUUGCAAUACUUACCGAGACUUAAAAGACAAAGCUAAUUUGUACAACAGUGAGUGGAAGAGCAUUAGGGAAAUCGCUUUUCCUGAGUGGCCUGAGAAGGAUAAAACAUUUGAGCAAUUUUGCGUCUGAAAGCAAUAUUUUGAUAUGAUUUUAUUUGUGGCCUUAGUUUUCAAUUUAUUUUUAAAAAUUUAUGAAACUUUGUACAAAUUUUCAAGCAAUGUUAUUGAGACUAUCUAAUUUGUUUGAUAACUUACCGUCAAUUAAAACAACAUCAUUUUGGUUGUGGUACUCUAGUUCUGCUUCAAUAAUUAGAUGCUAUGCAUUUAUAUUUUACCUAGCAAUUUUUUGUUUAAAAAAAUACCACGCAAGUUUAACAAAUCCGAUUACGGAGGCAAGUGGCCCUUGAGUGGGCUGGGUCCCUGUGCGGCCUGGUGCGCCCAUGUUAUCCGUUCGUGGUGUUAUUGGGACCCGGGUUUCAGCAUUUCAGCAGUGCAGUGUGCGCCCUUCCCGGUCCUCGGACAGGGAUAAAAAGAGCAAAAAAAAAUUAUUGAAGAAAUUUCUGAAUCUAAAAUAAAUCUUUAAAUAUUAAAUUUUUAUUGAUUUCAUAAUAUAUUAUUUUAAAUAAUAACAUCUGUUGUGGGAUAUGGAUUUUGUUGUAAAUAAAAUAUAAAAUGCCAGCAAAGUU